GAUGACGUCUGCAUUCGGGUUUACAGUCUGUCGGGCUGGAGCGGCUUGCUGGGCGACCUUGCGGUGAAGCCGCCUGCUAACUAAGUCUCUUACCGUCCGGUCAAAACCAGCUAACCGCCAUGCCGCUGCAGCUCUCCGCGCUUCCAGGACUGACCAGACCGGGGGUCUGCGGGUUCACGGUCUCCAGAGAUCACCUGACCAUCGUCGUUCCUGUUGCAGUGGCUGCGGCUCUGGGCACCUACCUGCUCACCAGGUACUUCAGCAGCGAGAGCAGCUCCAAGGGCAGGGUCAACCUGGAGCACAACAAAGACAGCGCCAAGGUGGUGCACAGCUUUGACGUCGAGGACCUCGGCAAGAAGGCCGUCUACUGCCGCUGCUGGAGGUCCAAGAAGUUCCCCUACUGCGACGGUGCACACACCAAACACAACGAGGAAACGGGAGACAACGUGGGUCCUCUCAUCAUCAAGAGACGAGACGCGUAAUCCGGCUCUCGGUCACUCUGGUGCUGCUGUUGAGUAAAAGGCCGUGUGUUUGAGUGUGUGUGUGUGUGUGUGUGCAUUCGUGCCCACAUGCCAUUACAGGGUACUGUAUCUUGUCAAAUACUGUGCAGAAUGUUGGGAAACUUUCAAAUCAAAUCCUGUAUUUUCGUCAUUCUCUUGAUGGUAUGCGUCCUGCUGUGUCACGCAAAAGCGCUUCGCACGUCGGCUCGUCCGCAGCUUUAAUGCAGCUACCCAGCUCAAACCACAGAGGCUGCACUUCCUGCUCUCAUGCGGAUGUCUCUCGUGCUUUGUUUGUCGUCUCGCGCGCUCGACGUUUCAGCCCGAAGUCUCUGUUCUCCAGCCUGCACUGCAGAACACAGAAGAACGUGUUAAAACCUAAAUAAAGUAUCUCGGAAGACAUAAAUGUUAAUACGCACAUACAUGAUACACUAAUACGCACAUGAAUGCCGAAGUGUUCACAUGACCGUUUGCACAUGUCUCGGUUACAGUGUCCGUGUAAAGGGGUGGGGUAUCGUUAAAGAAUCGCGACCGUUUCGGGCGACACUGACGCUCUCUGUCUAUAUGCUCUGUUUGCAACUCUCUGCUGUUCUUUUGGCACCUUUGGGAAAAUGAGACGAAGCGAAAACAGCCAGACUCUGAUUGCUACUAAUCUUCUGAUGCCAUUUGGCCUGGUUUCCUGUGCUUUUAAACGCUGAUGUGAUUCUGCCUGUACAAGUGAGGCAUAUAUUUUGAAUAAACCUUGUUGGAAUUAGUUAA